AUGACGGUGCGCGUUGCGUGGUGCGUGAGAGGCGUGGUCCGCAUCCCGCGCGGCGUCGAGGAGGGUGCUUCGUUCCUCGUGAUGCCUCCGCCCGGGGCAGGCACCGGACAUGGCCCGCUUCGCGCCGUCGGCGGGAGGCAUGAUCGAUCGCGUGAUGCCAGCGGAGAGCGGAGAGGCGCAACGACGAUGCGGCCCCGGCGGUGCCAGACCGGGGUGGUGAGUGGACUGCGCCGUGGCAGAGCAUAUAUAUAUAGCCCACGCCAGCCGUGCGCUUGCGACGGCGGCGCACCAAGGACAGACGGUGCCUGCGGUCGCAUCGAAACGAGACACGGCCAAGCACACGCGGAAAUGGCCUGCGCCGAGCACACGAACGCGUCCUUCCCGACCGAGGCCGGCACGAGGCUCGCGACCGUCGAUGCCCUCGCCCCCACGACGGACCACGCGCUCCUCGCGUCCCUCCUCGAGCGCGACGGCGCCGUCAUCGUCAGGAAUUUCGCCUCCGUCAACCUCUGCGCACGCAUCCGGGCCGAUCUCGGGCCGCACUUUGACAGCGACCGCGCCGACAAGUCGGGCUUUUUCCCCGCGACAACCAAGCGCGCCCACGGCGUGCUGCGGCACUCGGACGCCGUGGCCGAGCUCGUCGUCCGCCCGCUCUUCAUCGACGUCGCCAACGAGAUGCUGACAUCGCGCUACACCUACUGGGAGGGCCAGAGGCAGCUCUCGGUCGCGGGCAAGCCGCAGAUCGCGAGCAUCGUCGGCUUCAGAGUCGAGCCGGGGGGCACCCAGCAGCCGCUGCACAGGGACGACGCCGACUACCACGCUCGGAACUGCGACUUUCCCGUCAUGCUCGGCUGCGUGACGGCCUUGACGAAGACGACGCGCUCCAACGGGGCGACGGUGGUGAUCCCGGGGAGCCACAGGUGGGGGCCGCAGCGCUGCCCGCGCGACGACGAGGCCAUCCCCGCCGAGCUCGACGUCGGCGACGCCACCAUCUUUGUCGGCAACGUCUACCACGCCGGCGGCGCCAACAGCACAAGGUUCGUGUCGCUCGCCCUGGUUCGGGGACUCGCCGUCGCUGACCGGCCGGGCAGGGACGAGGCUCGCGAGACCAUCGGCGUCUUCCUCUGCAAGGGCACCCUCCGGCAGGAGGAAAACUCGUACCUCGUGGUGCCGCCCGAGAUGGCCAAGGCCCGGGGCUUCUCGCCGCAGCUGCUGCGGCUGCUCGGCUACGGCGUCUGCCCGCCGGCGCUGGGGCUGUACGAGUACCAGGACCCGAUGAAGGUCCUCUUCGGCGUCGACGACGGCGAGACGGUGCAGCGGUAG